GGCUACGUUUUGCAUCAUGGCUGCUCCUUAACUCAGGAACUGUUACAAUUGUGGAUUGCCAGGUCAUUUUUCGAGAGAAUGUACUCAACCGCGACGGGCGCCAUUGACUGGGGCGAAUACGACUCCUCGUAUGUGGCUCCUGCUCCGGUAGCGGUCUCGGCACCGGCUGCUGCUCCAGCGUAUGCGGCGGGAAACUAUGGCCAGCGGACGGGCUACUGGAGGCAGACCUUGGACCGCUGUGCGGCCUUUGUUGACGAAGCAAGGGCUAAGGAAGCUAAUCAGAAGGAGGAAGAGGAGAACGAAAAGAAGAAGAAGGAGGCGCAAAAGGAGAGGGAGGAAUUUGAGGCCAGGGUUGGAGAUAGGCUAGAGAGUAGACUGGCGGUGAUGUAUGGUACUGCAGUGACCGGAGGAAAGAAGGUGGUCACGAUAGCGGAAUCGAGCGGUAAAGACAAGCAAGCGGAGGAAUUGCAGAGGUUGCAAAAAGAGAACGAGGAAAUCAAGAAAAAAUUGGAGAAGGAAAGUGGUAGUAACGAAGGUCUAAUUGAUAGACUGAUUCGUGAAAACGAGGAGCUGAGAAAGAAGGUGGGAUCGAUUCGGGACCCAUUGGAGGACGGCUUGGAUAAGCUUAUGAGGGAAAUGCAUGAACUACGUGAAGAAAGGAAGGCGGAUAAGGAGGUAUUYGUUGGURUGAAGUCGGAGAUYGRCUCGCUUAGAAAAGAAAAGCAACAAUSGAUGGAAGAGACACARAUGUGGAUGAAUGAGGCAUUGAGGCCGGGUAAUAAGAGAGGUACGAUAGCGAUUACAACGCCGGAAAGCAGUGUGAGAGAAAGGACAAGACAACGGGUGACGRAGCUCCCUGGGGACAUGCGAGAAGAGAUUCGGAGGAUGAAAGAUGCGGAAUACUGCAGUAUGCGUGAAGUGGAAGCAUUGAAGCAGAGAAAAACGGAUGYGGAGGCAAAAAAGGUGGAAGCGGAGAGCAAGAAGASGGAGGUUGAGGCAGAAGUUGCCAGACUUCGAGAACAGGUGGAGAGACUUAYGACCGAAGCGGCUGUACAGCUGACGGGAGGGACGGAUUUGAAAAGCAAGAUGGAUGCCGUGGCUGCAAGCGUYCAGAAGUCGGGAAGGCGAGGCAGGCCAAAGGCGUUGGMAGAAAGGACGCCAAGGAAAGAUAGUGGCGCUGGUGGAGAGAAUGAUCGCUUUGUCUUUCUGYRGGAAGAAAARAAGAAGUUGCAUGYUUUGAAAAAAUYCGSACUUGAAAAGAUAUGUUUGRAAGAAGGGAUUGACUAUAAGACUAUUGAACAGACGGCUGAUGAGCUGGCARAGAUAAGGGCUGUUGCGCGCUUCRGAAAGAAGCUUGGMGAGACUUCGAAUCCGGCAAAGGAAGUAGAGACUAAAGAUGACAAGGAGUCUGCGGUUGACAAAGGUAAAGGAGAAGUUGGUGUGGAGGUAGAGGAUGUGCCGUCAGAUUCGGCUUGAGGGGACUUCCCGGACGCGACAGAGUUGUGGAGGAUAGUCAAUCGAUAUAAGACUGCCGAUGUAAAUCAAUGGAAGAAGGGAAC